GCCCCGGGCCACGCUCAGCCAUGGGGGCCUGUCUGGGGGCCUGUUCUCUGCUCAGCUGCGCAUCCUGCCUCUGCGGCUCGGCACCCUGUAUACUAUGCGGCUGUUGCCCCUCAACCCGGAACUCCACGGUGAGCCGCCUCCUCUUCACCAGCUUUCUCUUCUUGGGGGUGCUGGUGUCCAUCAUCAUGCUGAGCCCCGGAGUGGAGAGUCAGCUUUACAAGCUACCCUGGGUGUGUGAAGACAGGACCCAGCAACCCUUGGUCCUGCAGGGCCCCGUGGACUGUGGCUCCCUGCUGGGUUUUCGCGCCGUCUACCGCAUGUGCUUUGCCACAGCGGCCUUUUUCUUCUUCUUCAUGCUGUUGAUGAUUUGCGUCCGCAGCAGCCGGGACCCACGAGCGGCCAUCCAGAAUGGGUUUUGGUUUUUUAAGUUCCUGAUCCUCAUGGGUAUCACCGUGGGUGCCUUCUACAUCCCUGAUGGCUCCUUUCCCAAGAUCUGGUUCUACUUCGGCGUCGUGGGCUCCUUCCUCUUCAUCCUCAUCCAGCUGAUCCUCUUCAUCGACUUUGCACACUCCUGGAAUCAGCGGUGGCUGUGCAAGGCCGAGGAGUGUGACUCCCCAGCCUGGUAUGCAGGCCUUUUCUUCUUUACCUUCCUCUUCUACCUGCUGUCCAUUGCUGCUGUGGCGCUGAUGUUUGUCUACUACACCGAGUCUGGCGCCUGCCACGAGGGCAAGGUCUUCAUCAGCCUCAAUCUCACCUUCUGCGUCUGCGUCUCCAUCGUUGCCGUCCUGCCCAAGGUCCAGGAUGCCCAGCCUAACUCAGGCCUGCUGCAGGCCUCCGUCAUCACGUUGUAUACCAUGUUUGUCACCUGGUCGGCCCUAUCCAACGUCCCUGACCAAAAAUGCAACCCUCACCUGCCCAUCAGAAAUGGAACAGGCCAGAUGAACUUGGAGGACUACAGCACCGUGUGGUGGGAUGCUCCGAGCAUCGUGGGCCUUGUCAUCUUCAUCCUGUGCACCUUCUUCAUUAGUCUGCGGUCCUCUGACCACCGGCAGGUGAACAGCCUAAUGCAGACAGAGGAGUGUCCCGUGGAGACGAUACAGCAGCAGCAGGUGACCAUCAGUGAGGGCCGCGCCUACGACAACGAGCAGGAUAGUGUCACCUACAGCUAUUCCUUCUUCCACUUCUGCCUGGUCUUGGCCUCCCUGCAUGUCAUGAUGACACUUACCAACUGGUACAGCCCUGGUGAGACCCGGAAGAUGAUCAGCACGUGGACCUCUGUGUGGGUGAAGAUCUGUGCCAGCUGGGCAGGGCUGUUCCUCUACCUGUGGACCCUGGUGGCCCCCCUGCUCCUGCCCAACAGAGACUUCAGCUGAGAAGGCCCUGCAGCCCGCUCACCUGGUGCCUUGGGGCUCAACGAGGGCCGGCCCACCCUCGGUCGCACCCACCCACCCUCUUCCAGGACCUGCCAGAGUCAGGGGACCCUCCAUUCUCAGUGCCUCUGGGGUCUGUGGAAUAUUAGGCUCUGAUCAAGCCCCACUUUCUGCUGCCCGUGGCCAUGCACACUCACCCUUGGGGCAGAAGUAGCUCCUGUUCUCAGGGUCCCCAGAAGAGGGCAUGGAAGGAGAGUGGCCCAGAGCACUGGGGUGCCCACACCAAGGCCUGUGCUCCAGGCCUCCAGAGCCAACCCUCUUUCCUAGACCACGUGCCUUACUGAGUCUCUGAGACUCCACCCAAUAAACACACCUG